AUGAACACCUCUAUCGAAAACUUCACCGCAGUCGUUAAGGACGCUGCCGAAGUGGCGAUCCCAAGAACCAGCGAACAGCCAGGGCGCAAAGCGCUCCCUUGGUGGAGUGAGGAAAUCAAAGCGACUGUCAAGAGAAGAAGAAGAGCCCUUCGGGCUGUUAAGCGGUUACCGGCGGACCACCCUGGAAAGCAGGAGGCUCUCGAAGCCUAUCGAGCCCUCCACCUUCAAUACCCCCCAGCGGUUGCUGAAGGGCUAGCCGAAUAUUUCGCCGAGCUCGUCGCCUUCGACCGGUACACCGAUAGUUUCCAGCACCGAAUCCGUGAUCUCCCGGGAAUCAGCAACUUCCCGAUACCGGUUGACCUGAAUAACGACCCGCUAAACCAGCCUUUUCCGUUCAGGGAACAGGGCUUUCAUCCAGGGAUGAGCAACGGAAAAUCGUCUGGGCCCGAUAACAUCGGGUACCCAAUGCUGAAACACCUCCCCGCGUCGGCCAAAACCUCUUUCCUCGAACUCGUCAACCAAAUGUGGAGGGAGAACUCCUUCCUCCAAGACUGGAGGAAGAGCAUAGUCAUCCCGAUUCCGAAAGCCAAGAUCAACACUCGAGACCCGACUAAAUACCGACCGAUCUCCCUCACUAGCUGUGUUGGGAAGGUCGUUGAAAGAAUGGUAAACCGACGGUUUCGUGAGAAGCUAGAAGCUGAAAACCGCUUCGAGCACCACCAGCAUGCUUUUCGUCCUGGAUACGGUACGGAUACGUACUUUGCGCAGCUCGAUCACCUGUUAAAAGAAGCCCACACGGAAGGACGGCACGCCGACAUAGUCUCCCUCGACAUCUCGAAAGCCUUUAACAGACAUGGACCCCACUAG